CCCUAAGGAAGAAAAGGAGAUAUGGGGAGAAGCAUAUUUUCCUUUUUCACUAAGAAGAAAAAAAUGGCGAUGGCGAGAAGCAUCUCUUACAUCACCUCUACGCAGCUUCUCCCUCUUCAUCGUCGUCCCAACAUCGCCAUAAUCGAUGUCAGGGAUGAAGAGAGGAAUUAUGACGGGCAUAUAGCUGGGUCGCUACACUAUGCCAGUGGCUCGUUUGAUGACAAGAUCUCUCAUCUUGUUCAAAAUGUCAAGGACAAAGACACACUUGUCUUCCAUUGUGCUUUGAGCCAGGUUCGUGGUCCAACUUGUGCAAGAAGGCUCGUGAAUUAUCUCGAUGAGAAGAAAGAAGAUACUGGAAUCAAAAACAUCAUGAUCUUGGAACGUGGCUUUAACGGCUGGGAAGCUUCUGGAAAACCGGUCUGCCGCUGCGCAGACGUUCCUUGCAAAGGCGAUUGUGCCUAAAACCUACUGAACCAUAUUGGGACCUAAUUGAUCUUCCACAUUGUCAUGUAUUAAAGUUGAAUGAAGAUUUAUCAUAAAUAAUCUCUUACCAAUACAUGUUGGUUUUAUUUGGAGACACAAACACCAAACUUGCAACCAUAAUUCUAAAAGGGCUUUUUUGGUA